GAUGGCUGGCAGGUCACAUGACAGCCUGUGAGAAGGUUGGAUCCCAGAGCCGCUCCCGAAUCCGGGCUAGGAUAAGAACGCACAUGCAUACAUGGCGCAGAGUCCUCGAGACCUGUCGCGGGAGAGUCUGACCGCGACGCUUCUUUCCCAGCAGAACCGCGAAAAUGAUAGAGACCCGGGCUGUCUUGUGCGCUCUCGUCGUUUUCCUCUUAGCGGUGCAGCUCUGCAGGCCCGUGUGCGUUGAGGUACCAUCAGGGACAGAGGCCGUUGUCGGCACCUCCAUGAAGCUCACGUGCAUCUCCUGCUUGAGGAGAGAGGAGGUGAACACUGCAACAUUUGUCUCCUGGUACUACAUCAAGCCUGAUGAUGAGCCGAUCCAGAUCUUCCAAUAUGACGGACAGCCUCAGGAGCUGGACACCCCAUGGAAGGGCCGCCUGAGAUGGAACGGAAGCAAAGACCUCCAGGAUGUGUCCAUCAGCAUCACCAACGUCACGCUCAACGACUCGGGCAUCUACAAAUGCGAAGUGCUGCGACAGUUUGUGUUUGACUUCUACGUGCCCUCCUUCACGAAAAGUAAGACAAUCAAGCUGGAGGUGAGAGAGAAAGCUAUCCAAGACACUACUGCUUUGUACUCCGAGAUCAUGAUGUAUGUCCUGCUGGUCUUCCUAACCUUCUGGCUGUUGGUGGAGAUGAUCUACUGCUACAGGAAGAUAUCCAAGUCCGACGAGCAGACGCAGGACAACGCGACAGACUACCUAGCCAUCCCAUCUGAAAAUAGAGAGAACCCGGGUGCUCCAGUAAUGGAAUAAAAGUGAUUAUCUCACACAGAAACGAUACUGAUUCCUAAUUCAACUGGCGAGGAAGGAGGAACUCGUGGAGAGAGAGACGUGCAUACAUGGUGUCAAAACUUACUGCCAAGCAGCUGGAAUUCAGCCAUUUUCGUUUUUGUGACGUGCCGUGCAAAGAGACCCGUCUGCAGUCAGUUGAGUCACCCCUCCCCCCCGUCUAUUUCUCUGUCUGUGUGACCCGGUCAUAGCUUUUCUUCCCCGCUUUCUGGCACCGAGCUCCUUGCCAGCCACCAAACAGUAUGUCCUCUGGGUUACAGAGGCUUUAAGACCUACAAUGCUUCAUUUUAGUAUUCAGCUCAAUAUCAAUAUGAACUUGCUCCUUGUCUUCAGUUACGCGUGACGCAUAUAAAGGAAGUGUAUUUAAACACAAGCAAACUGCUGGCAUGAUGAGCUUUCCUUAAUCUGAAGUUAACGACCCUGCAGCUAUCAUUUGUACCUAAUAACCAGCACUAUACGACACUCCAUCCAGUCAUACAGGGGCAAGCCUGGGCAGGAACCUUAGCAAGCCUUGGCAGGAACCUUAGCAAGCCUUGGCAGGAGCCUUGGCAAGCCUUGGCAGGAACCUUGGCAAGCCUUGGCAGGAACCUUGGCAGGAACCUAGCUAGAGUGCAUUCCUGCUGUAGGUCCGGAUGAUUGGCUGUGCACUUGCCUUGUUUUUGUUCUGGCUGUUGGGGGGGGGGGGGGGGGGGGCUGUUGGCAGGUGAAGCGUGGGACAGAUCCCAGCCACCAUCUCUCUGUGUCUUUCGGCUCCCACACAGCCCACCCCUGCCCAGGGACACUGGAAGAAGUGAUGUAGGUCAACUUGAUCUGGGUCAGUAGCACUCAGGGGGAUGGGGAGUGAUGGCAACCAUCAGCAGCUUGUCCUGCUGUAAUUAUUAAUCAGUGCUGAUUGUUACUUCCCUCGGACACCAGGAGGCAGUGUGGGGACGUGCAUCUUUUAAGUGCUAUGCUGACAAACAAUUCUUGUAUGUCCAAAAUGGUUCUAUAAUUAAAAAUGUAUAACUUUGUCUCCCAUGUAUUCAUAUAAAAUAAUAAAAACCUAAAUAUGC